AUGAAGGUCAUUGGGGGCGCAGAGAACUUCUGGCUAUACUCCGAGAAGGAAGGCUACGACAUAACGCAUCCUGCCGCGCCCAACAGCCCCAAGACUGCGCUAGUAGUCGUCGAUAUGCAAAACUACUUUCUGUCCCCAGCAUUUGGGCGGCCGUCGAACAGCCUGGGUCUGCAAGUUGUGGAAAGGCUCACCGAGCAAGCGACACCGGCAUGCAGGAAGGCCGGAAUUCAAAUUCUUUGGCUCGGUUGGGGUCUCACAGAUGAGGAUAUCGAGACUAUACCCCCUGCGAUUGUCCGUGGUUUCUCAAUGGACACAAACUUCAAGGGCGAUCGCGAGGUACCUAGUCUUGGAACGAACAUCGGACCCAUAACGCUAGAUGACGGAUCUACGGUCGAAGGCGGCGCCGUUCUCAUGCGCGAUCAAUGGAAUACCAAUCUCUGCAGUGCUUUGGAGAGUUUGGCCCACCCUGAUGAUCUAAGAGUUUGGAAGAAUCGACUGUCGGGGUUCUGGGGAGGGACCAAUGUCGAGAGUGUUUUGAAGGCUCGCGGUAUCAGGACAUUGAUCUUUGCAGGCUGCAACACAGACCAAUGUGUUGCUGCUAGUUUGACAGAUGCGGUUUGGAGAAAUUGGGACUGCCUCUUGUUGAGCAACGGAACUGCUACAACUAGCCCAAAAUUCGCCCAGGAGAUGGUUGAAUUCAACAUGGGAGGAUGGGGAUUCUUACUGAGCUGCAAAGACCUCGUUGACGGUGUGGAGACAUUGGAAACAGGCCCCAGUGAAGGGGCUUGA